AUGACCUGUACUUGCCUUGUUACUACCCAGAAUCGUAUUCCUCGUAUAAACCCGCAGUUGCCUAUUGGUCUCAGCUUUGAGACGACCCAGGUUAGCCAAGGUGGAUAUCCGUUUUACACCGUGGUCAUUUCUGGAACUCCCUCUGUACCUCAGCAGAGUAGCACCUACUCCGUCGGUAACAAGGAGUUCGUUACUCAGUUCCGUAUUGGUAUCAUUGGAACCCCUUCUUCUCUGAGCUAUGGUUUUGAUUCGAUGACCCAGUACGUGGGUGUGCCUAUUGAGCCCAUUCCAAUUCGCUCGGAUGCCUAUCUGAACGAGUUCACGAUCCAGCCUGCUCUUCCUGCUUCUGUGACCAUGGACCCUACCACGGGUACGAUCACUGGAAAGUUCCCUGAUACGUCGAUGUCGAAUCAGGUGUUCACUGUCACUGGAAAGAACAGCAUGGGAUCGGUUACUACCACCGUCAAGUUCUUGAUUCGCGCUGAGGCUGAAAUGACCACCCCUGGUUUCAUUGGAUGCUACUGGACUGGUACCACUGAGUGCAGAACUCCUGCCUUCGAUUACUACUACCAGAACCCUGCUCAGUACUGCCAGAUUGAAACGAAGCUGGACUUUGCCGAUUCCUACUACGAGGGAUCGGGUAACACUUGGCCUGGUCUGGAUGAGCGUUUCCGUGAUUACUACACUUCGUACAUGUACGGAUACUUCAACGUGCUGGUGGAGGGAAACUACAACUUCCAGAUGGAUUCGGAUGAUGCUUCCUUCCUGUACAUUGAUUCGCUGGAGGAGCCUGUGAUCAAUCGUGAUGGUUGCCGUGGAACGAGCCCUGAGUAUGCCACUGUGAGCCUUGCCGUGGGUCGUCACCUGUUCGUGGUGAAGUUCCUGGAGGUCAACGGAGCUGCCGUUCUGAACCUGAAGUUUGCCUCUACGGACGCUGGUAUUGACCAGAUGUACGUGGACAACACGAUGACGACUGUGGGAGGACGUGGACCUACUUUCAUCACCUAUCCUCUGAUCACGGGUUACGUGAAUGCCGAGCUGAAGGUGUACACGCCUGAGAUGUCUUCUGGAGGUCAACGGAGCUGCCGUUCUGAACCUGAAGUUUGCCUCUACGGACGCUGGUAUUGA